AUGGAGCGGCUGCAGGGGCAGGCACUGACCUCCCAUGUAAGAAUCCGGGUUCUCCUGCCCCGUCUCCAUCGGACGUGUGUGAUGGAUACAGGAAUUCAUCUGGCGCUGAAUGACACCUGCCCAGGUCAGACGUUGGUGUUUGAUGCUCCCAAGCUGGGGCAGCCGAAGGUGUCGGGAGUGGAGCGCAUCGUCGCGGCGCCCGCGGGCUCGGACAGCCCAGGCUCGUUCCUGGCGAGCGCUGGGCAGUGUUUAUCACGUUCAAAGGGCUGUCGCUCGCCGCUUACCUGCCAGGCUGCCUUUGCUCUGGCUAAAUGCUGCGAGGUGAAAGGAUCGUGGCGUGGAGUUAUAGAGGAAAAGCUACGACGCAAAAGGGUGGAGGAGGGGAGCUGCCACCGCGGGGGAGACGAAUCCCGAUGGUCCCGAUCCCUCUCCUGCCAGCCGGUGUGUGCCGGGACACGCUCCGCCGGGCGCAGGGAUCGCUCCAUCGGCACGGCGGAUCAAUACGGGGGCCUGCAUGAGGACGCGGUGUUUAAAUCACGGGAGAGACCGUUUAAAUGGGAAAUCACUCUGACUUGGAUCAUUGAGAAAAAUCCGACAAACCGGAGAAGCGGGACACGGCUCGCGGUGAAGCCGGCACGCCGGGACCUCCGACUGGAGAGAGAGUAUUUCGCCAUCUGCCAAAGCUGGAGGGAAGAUUUCUUGCUCGCCGGGCUGGGGAGGAGAGCGGUGGGGUCCCACCGGGGCUGGGAGGGAGACGCACGCGUUUUUCUGUCUCAGGCGCCUGUUUUGUUUGAUACAAACCAAACCAAAUGGUGCCACAGAGAAUGUGUUCUGUCUCUGGGGACGUGGGGUUCUGCUCCUGGCCCAGGCCAGGGGCUUCUGCCCGUCCCACCCACCUCCUCUCCUCCCGUCCAUCAGUCCUCCGUCUGACUUGCCUGGCUCGUCACGCCGCCGUUGGGCUGCGAAGGCGGUGGCCAGCCUUGGCGCCCGCUCCGCGGAGUGUGCCGGGGCAUCUGCGUGUUGCAGCUCUGCCAUCGUGCUCCCGUGGAAGGGGGGGCUGUGCUGCCUGCCUUACCUCCUCCCCCCAGCCCCGUGCCAGCCUUGCUGCGCCCCACGGCCCAUGGCAGUGCCCUGCCGUGGUGGCAGGAGGCACCAAACAGAGGUGGCUUCCCUGUUGCCCUGGUCCUGGUUUUGUCCCCAGUGAAGUCAAACUAGUGCUGGCAAGAUCAGGAGGAGGGUGUUUGCCUGGGUGGAUUCCCGAGGAGAAGCUGGCCAUCGACAGCAACGACGCUUUGGGCAGAAGUUCCACUAAUCUUGGUGUUGCAACGUGUUCCCCGGGGAGCUGGGAGAGGAACCUGCUCAGCCUUGAGGUCGGUGCCCCGCUGCGUCCUGCGCCUUGUCCAUCAGCGGUCUCCCCCAGGCCGACAUGGGAGCUGCGUGCCAGUUCCCAAGAGCUCAUCAGCCCUUCUAGCGAGCGGAGAUGCUGCUGCUCCGCCGGCUUCUCCCUGGAAACCACCUUCAGCUGCUCUGGAGCCAGGAGCUGUGACCCUGCGCGGUGCUGCCGGCUGAGGAACAGCUUGUUUGGUGCCAGCCCCACGCUUCCUCUUUAAAUCCCGCGGCGGUGGCACGGAGCACACGCGUCCCACACAGAACUGCGUCUCCACCGGAGCACUAAACUUGUCACGGCUGUUUACUUACGCUUUUGCACUGUUUGUGUAGUCAGAAGUCUUGAUCUCGUAUUUAUCUUCUCUUAAAACA